GAAAAAAUAAGCAAGGGUAGACAACACGCGCAAAUAAUCCUUGGAAUUAUCAUUUCAGUAAGGAAAAUCCUGUGAAAAUGUUGAUAGCAAGUUGAAUCGUUGGUGAUCAUUAACUGUGGUAAUGUGUCUCUACUUUGUAAAUGCAUGAAGUGAAAGGGAAUUGAUGCUUUGAUGGUGACAGAUGUCAUUGAGGAUCAGUUAUCAUUGAAAAUUUAGUCUGUUUUUGACGUAUUGUAAUUUUGGAGAAUGACGUUGAUCGAAGGAGUAGGUGACGAAGUCACUGAUUUUUUUAUUGUCGUCGUUGUUAUGGUUGUUGGAUGGCUGGCUUGGUGCUCCACAAAUAUAUCAGAACAGCCCCUCAUUCGAACUGUUCUAAUCCUCCAGCACAGGACACGUACUAGAAUCGCCGAAUUGCGAGCUAAUCACUCAACAGUGAUUACAGACAAUUUCACGUCGAGAGCCUCGAGUUUCGAGGAAACAACAGCUAAUGAAGAAACUACUGAACCUAACAGUCAGACUCGUGGCGAGGGUGAACAGACGUGCUUACUGGAAAAUCAAAAUGUUCCUCAAACAUCGGAAACUUCAACUCCUCCAGCAGCUGGUGGAGCAGCUUCUGAGGAAGUCCUCAUCCAGGCUAUGGAUUCAGUAACUGAGGAUUCAGGAUCGACUGAUGGGAAAUUGGCUAGUACACAAAAAACAGAAACCAACGUCAACGAAACGACUACCCCUGUUUCCUCUGGUACAACUGAAGCCUCUGUUGAUUCUAUUGAUGGAACUUUAUUGAAUGACGGGGAGGAAAUCAUUAUUAAACUGAAAUUUAUCAAUGAUGACCAGAGAAUUGUCAAUGGAAGGCCCAAAGAAAUGCUUGGAGACUUUAAAAAACGUCAUUUCCAAGCAGAGCUGGACUCUCAAAAACGAGUCAGAUUAGUAUUCAAUGGUCAUGUACUUCAGCCAGACACUGACACCUUGGAGCAAUGUGGGCUCUACAAUAACUGCGUUGUACAUUGUUUAGUGCAUCAGCAGUGUCCAACCUCAGGGAAUGCAAACAGUCAUUCCUCAAACGAUUCAUCCUCCUCGAUUUAUUCGAAUCCUCAGUCAUUUCAGAAUAUGACUGGUGCUGGCACAUCAGUGCACAACGAAUGGGAUCUUAGUAGAUUGCUCGUAGGUCUAAUAUCACUUGUACUGAUAAUAGCCUGGUACUCGCGAUACUAUUAUGCCCAAUUGUUUACUGCUGCAGCAACAAUAGCACUUUACGCGUUAACAGCGGUAUUCACACUCUCUCUCGUAGGACAUUUUUUCCCUGAUCAGGACAGUCUGAGAAAUAUCGAGUAAUUGAUCUCCUUCAUUCAUUUGAUUCCUGUGUUUCUCUCAUUUUAUUUUCUCUCCUACUUUUUAUUUAUGAAAAAAUUGUCAUUGCAACUUAAUUAAUCAAUAUUUUUCCUUUUGUUUUCGUUGUAAAAUAUUUUUAUACUUAGAAUUCUGAAUUUCGGUGAUCAAUUAUCUGUUGUAGAAUUUCAUUCUAGUAGAUGUGAAUACACUUUAUGAAAAUAUUUGUUUACUGAAUUCAUAAAUAAACACUAUGAUCAUCAUGUUGCGCAUUGUGGAAAUUAAAAAAAAAUAAAAUAAAAAAAGUAUUAUUUAAUAGUUUAUUCGAA